AUGGCAGUCAUCACAGAAGAAGGUGAGGUUCCGGCCAACACUCAAUCAAGACAUUCAAGCCUCGAGGAUGUGGAACAACCAAGUCCCGACUUUCCUCCUUCCGAGCCGACUCAAACUCAACGAAGCAAGCUCGAAAACACAGUUAUUACGACCUCACUCCUAGCCGCCCUAUUUCUCGCUGCUCUCGACGUCACCAUUGUGGCCACCGCCAUACCAACCAUCUCAGAAGACUUGCACUCCAGCACCGGCUAUGUCUGGAUUGGCGCAUCCUAUGUCUUAGCCAAUGCCGCUUGUGCUCCUACAUGGGGAACACUGUCAGAUAUCUGGGGCCGCAAGUCAAUUCUCUUGGCUACGCUUAUAAUCUUUUGGGUCGGAUCCUUGUUGUGCGGCGUUGCUGUCAACAUGACCAUGCUCAUCGUUGGUCGUGCUGUUCAAGGCAUUGGCGGCGGGGGAGUCAACACACUUGUCAAUAUUUGCAUCGGAGACCUCUUCUCAGUCCGUGAGAGAGGCUUCUAUUAUGGCUUAGUCGGUGCCGUCUGGGGCGUAUCGAGUGCCUUGGGACCUGUCAUCGGCGGCGUCUUUGCAUACCGAGCCUCUUGGAGGUGGUGCUUCUACAUCAACCUGCCGAUAUCCGGAGUCGGUAUAGUUGUUCUUUACUUUGCCCUCAAGCUUCACAAUCCUCGCACACCAAUGGUAGAUGGACUCAAAGCUCUUGACUGGCUUGGAAGUCUGACUGUUAUUGGCGGUACUGUCCUUCUGCUCUUGGGCUUGGAGCUUGGGGGCGUCAUAUUUCCUUGGAACUCAUCCACAACCAUUUGCCUCAUCAUCUUUGGCAUCUUGAUGGCAUGUCUCUUUGUCCUCGUUGAGGCCAAGCACGCCAAGUACCCAAUUGUUCCUCUACGGCUAUUUUCCGACCGCUCAAACAUUGGAGCAUUUGCCACAUGCUUCUGUCACGCCCUUAUUGCACUGUCAGCGUCAUACUGGCUGCCCCUCUACUUCCAAGGCGUUAUCGCUGCGUCUUCUCUCAUGUCAGGUGUUUAUAUCCUCCCCUACCUCCUGGCAACAUGUAUCAUGUCGGCAGCCUCGGGCUUCAUCAUCCGCCUCACUGGAAACUAUUUCUACGUUAUCAGCGCCGGUAUGGCGACCGCUACCGUCGGUUUCGGACUUUUCGUCGAUCUUCCACCUAACAAGGAGUUUACCAAGAUCAUUCUCUAUCAACUCGUUGCAGGUAUCGGUGUGGGCCCCAACUAUCAGUCACCACUCAUCGCCCUCCAAAACAACGUCGAGCCACACGAUAUUGGAUCUGCCACUUCCACCUAUGGAUUCAUCCGGCAGUUGGCCAGCGCCAUAUCUAUCGUCAUUGGCGGUGUGGUAUUCAACAACAAAAUGCAGGCACAGCAGGACAAGCUGAGAAAGGCAUUGGGUCCAAAACUGGCAAAGAUGCUGUCAGGGUCCAGCGCCUCGUCAAACGUGUUUACGGUAGCUGAGCUACAGGGUGAGAAAGGAAGGGUUGCCAGAGGAGCUUUUCUUACGGCCUUAAGGACUAUGUACAUCAUGUUUGCAGUCUUUGCAGGGCUUGGACUGGUGGCAAGUCUUUUCAUCAAGCAGCGACAGAUGAGUCGUGAUCAUCAGGAGCAUAAGACAGGGUUACAAAGUCUGGAAAAGUCAAGAAAUGGUGAGAAGUAA